AUGAGUGUUCUUAGCUGGAACUGUCGUGGCUUGGGCAAUUCACGGACAGUUCGCGAGGUUAUGGACCUAGUGUCCCGUAAGAAGCCCGAAUUUGUGUUCUUAAUGGAAGCCAAGGUGGGUCGGAACCAUGCUGAGCGGCUCCGAGUCAAACUUGGUUAUGAAGGAUUAUUUUAUGUUGAUAAUGUGGGUUUGAGUGGUGGACUUGCACUGUUGUGGAGAAAGAACUGUACUGCUAGGCUGUUGAGCUAUUCGAGAAAUCAUGUGGACGUGGAGGUCACAAUUGCAGGGCUAGAAAGUUGGCGGAUGACGUGUUACUAUGGUUUCCCCGAACGGAGCAGGCGAAGGGAUUCAUGGGAUUUAUUAAGGUCCCUAGCUGGUAGAUCGUCGCUUCCUUGGGUGGUGGUGGGGGAUUUCAAUGAUCUCCUAUAUCAGUCAGAGAAGCGAGGAGGAAACCCGCAUCUAGAUGCUCUCCUUCGCGGUUUUGGGGAGGCUAUGGAUGAUUGCAGCUUGGCACAGUUACCGAUGAGGGGGUAUCAGUUUACCUGGGAAAGGGGUAGGGGUACUGGAGAUUGGUUGGAGGAGAGGCUGGAUAAAGUCAUGGUCAAUGAUCACUGGCGUGGAAUGAGGGAAGGAGCUUUUGUUGAGAACAUUCUAACACGAACCUCGGACCACUCCGCUUUGUUUCUGUGCAUUGAUGGAUCCCCUUCGGCUGUUGGCACUGGGAGGGUGGGAUUCAGAUUCAAAAUGGCCUGGCUACUUGAUGAAGGUUGUAGGGAGGUGGUGGAGAGUGCAUGGCAGGAGGGAAGAGAUGGAGGCUUGAUGAGUUGUGUGAAUCUAUGUGGUAUCCGUUUGCGGAGGUGGGGUGGUGACCAUUUUCACAAGUUUGGAGAGCGUAUCAGACAUCUCCGUGGACAUCAACUACAACUCCGUGGGCUUAGGGACCCGGCCUCUCUGGCUGAGUUCAGGCGGGUGGAGGAGCAGCUGGCUCGCCUCGAGGCUCAGGAGGACAUUUUUUGGAGCCAACGUGCCAAGCAACACUAG